CUUCUCAUUCUUUUCCCUGUCUCUUCUCAAUAUUUGCUUAUUUUAGCCCUUGUGGGGGGUUCUUUUCUUAAUAUCAUCCCUGUGUUCUGAACCAUGAAGAAGAUGAUAGCGGUUGCUGGUUCUUUGGAGUAUUCUCCAUAUGCCAUGUAUGAGGACCAAAGAACCAGGUUCAAGCACCAGAGCCUUAUGCAAGACUUUCAAGACUUACACAAGGAAACAGAGGCCAUGAGAAAGAAAUUGCAGAUGUUGAAAGAACGAAAAUCGACUCUGUUGGCUGAAGUCCGGUUUUUGAAGAAGAGGCAUAAAUUCUUGAUGCAAACCCGAUCUUCAAACGCUCUGGCGGAACGGUUCUUCGCACUGCCGCAGAGUAUGGUGAUUAGAAGCAAACCGAAUAUGAAGGGAAAGAGAUCAACGGGAAAGGAACAUUCUUUGCGACACCUAGCUACAGGUUUUGGUUUGAACCAGAGGGGAAAGACUUGUAGUGAAAAGGAAACCUUACUCACUCGACCUUCUCCGAUGAUCGACUUAAACCUAAAAGCAGCAGAAAGUUUUCUGUCAAGAGGCGGAAGUUACUCUGCGGAGUUCUUUACCGGCUCUCAACUUGAACCAGAAGGAAAGGCUUUACAGCGAAAAACAGAGCAGGAAGAACUACAGGCUAAUGAUAACUCACUGAGAAUAGAGGAACUCAAGAAAAGUUCAAUCCGAAUCGGAAAUGACGAGCAGCACAACGAUAUUAAACUAUCCACCUGCUGGAACACCGGAAACGGCCCGAACAGAGUCGGGAAACGAAAGAUAACAUGGCAAGAUCCGGUGGCAUUGAGUGUUUAAGUCCCUUAGUUGGAAGGGGUGGUACUUGAUAGUUUAGCUUCCGUCCCCCAUUUUUAUUGCACUAUUUUGUAAAAAAAGAAAAUAUAGUUGCACCAAUUGAAUUUAUGAAGAUAAAUAUGAAGAUUGAUGAUUGGGAAUCAGAUAUAUUCUCAACGAAAAUGUGUUGUUUACUUACAGCAUGAUUCAUGCUUAAUUCUCGGAGUAAUCGAGAAGCAACUUGGUGGCUUGCAUUUGUUUGUGAUGUGAA